AGAAUAUAAGCAACAAAAUUCUAACCUCCUCCUUUUGCUUCUCUCUCUCCUCCUUCCUUCCCAAAGGAGAGACCUUCAAUAUAUAGUUCAAUCAUUAGAACCUAUAAAAGAAAAAAAAAAAAAAAAGGCAGAUAAAAACUGGGAAUUUCAACUCCUCCUUAACAUCUGGAACAACAGAUCUAGAAGAAACAAAAGAGGAUUGGGUUAAGUUCACUUGAAACGUGCUAAAGGGGAUAUAAUUACUCAUUUUACUCUGGUUUUGCUUCUUCUUUUAAUUUUUUUUUUCUUUCUUAAUCCCUCGUUUCUUUUUCCUUUUCCUAUCUCGUAGUUAUUCUGAACUUGUGGAAAUCUAACUAUGUCCCUGGAUAGAGUUGGGAAAAAUCAGCCAUAGAAAUUCCCGGUUAUCGAUUGUUGGGUUGGGUCUGGAAUGGGCAUAAAUCUGUGGUGCAAUACUGAAUCUGGUACUCAAGAAGAAAUUGUUGGGGUUCGUCAUCCGUACCAAAUUAUUCCAGCCCAUGAUUUCUCCCAAGAAAAUACUAGUAGUAUUGUUAUCAAUUCCAGCUCGGAUGAUAUGGCACCUAUUAAUGUAGCCUGCCCUUCUUGUGGCUACCCAAUACAAGCUCAACCUCAAGGACAGGCAAGGAGUUUGCAAGAUUUGCCAGGAUUGCCCUCAGGAGUGAAGUUUGAUCCGACGGAUCAAGAAAUUCUGGAGCAUUUGGAGGCAAAAGCACAUUUGGAUAGCCAGAAACUUCAUCCUUUGAUUGAUGAAUUUAUUCCCACCAUUGAAGGGGAAAAUGGGAUUUGCUACACUCAUCCAGAGAAGCUACCAGGAGUAAACAAGGAUGGCCAAAUCCGUCACUUCUUCCACAGGCCUUCAAAGGCAUACACAACAGGAAACAGAAAAAGAAGAAAGGUUCAUACAGAUUCAGAAGCUGAAAGCGGUGGUGGUUGUGGCGAAACGAGAUGGCACAAAACCGGCAAGACCAGGCCGAUAUACAUAGGUUCAAUCCUAAAAGGGUUCAAGAAAAUACUAGUCCUCUACACAAAUUAUGGCAGGCUAAAGAAGCCCGAAAAGACUAGUUGGGUAAUGCAUCAAUAUCACUUAGGCAACAACGAGGAGGAGAAAGACGGCGAAUUGGUGGUUUCAAAGGUUUUCUACCAAACUCAGCCAAGGCAAUCCGGUAGCUCCUCAUCAAGCAUCAAACAACCCGAGGAAAGAUCUUUGAGCCACAGAAAUAAUGAUCUUCAAUUGGUUAAGGCCGCGUUUCCCGAGUUCUAUAACGUUACUCCUCCUCCUCUUCCUCCACCUAAUUACAGAGUUUCAUAUAAUUUGGGUGGGCAAAAUCGAGACAGCCAUUUCGCACCUCAGGUAAAUCCAAAUCAGGUUGUCCAUGGUGAUGUCUCAUCCUUUCUCCAGCUGCCUUCCAGUGCAAGCAAAGCCAGGCGUUUGCCAUGACAAAAAACGACACUUUGCUUGUAGAGUAGAGUAAUUAACAAGAGUUAUAAAGCAUAGGUAAUUACUUAUUAGGGAAGACAAGUAAUUUAUUCGUGGUUUAGGGUCUAUUGUUUUCAUUUUGAUUUGAGAGUUUGAAUACCUGUCUUGGUUUCUCUGGAGUAUUAAUUAGUCGCUGUGGUAUAUAUGUGUUAUUAUGCAUACUGUAGAGAAUAAAAUCUUCAUCUUCGUAGAUUGCAAAAGGUUGUUUUUUCUCUUUACUAUUGUUUUGCAGGAGUAAAAUUUUAUACACAAAACCCCUAAAAAACAUUUUUAUUAUUAAUUAUUAUCUUGAGACGGAUAGAGUAAGAAAGAAUGAGCAUAUCAUACUUCUUAUUUUUCGCUUCUUAAUUGUUGAGAGUUGAGACUAGCAAGAGCAGUUAGGUUGGAACGAACUUUUGAUUUCUUCGACUACACUCCAAAUUAAAACAUGUGUGCGCUGAUUUUAGCCAUUUUCUUGUAGUCUAAUCAACGUGGUAAUGCUUAGACUAUAACUAUUCACACUAUAUGAGAGUGUUUUGCAUUUUUUAUUUAUAAAUUUUUGGAGACCUAAAAAAAUCACGGUAAGAUUUUUCAUAUUACGAUGGAGAAUAGACACUUAGAAUUGAUAUUACAAUUGUAAUCAUUCAUAUAUUUUUUUUUUUGGUACAAUGAUGGAGGCAAAUGCCAAAGAUCGUUCGUUUCUAAAGUAAGAUUUUUCACCACCCCAGAAUGUAUUACCAUGGUUAGAACACGAUGUAAUAUGGGUAACUUAUCUUAGAAACGUAAGAUCUUAGAAAAUAAUGCAUUUCUAGGAUAUAAUAUCAUCAAGAUCCGUUUCGAAAUAAACAUCAUAAUCCGCCUGAAACGGGGGAAAUUAAACCAUGAAUUAUCCUAUAGUUAAUAGAUAGAUGAAGUAAUAUUUAUUCAUAGAUCCAUACUGUGCAGGAACAGAGCAAACAUAAUCUGGGCUCAAGCUUUAAUAGUCGUAGAAAUAUAAGAACAAAGUAAAGCAUACUUGGUAAAAAUUCUAUGCCUCCGUAAAAUGGAAAAAUCAGCAAUCUUGUGAGUCUUCAAAGACUCUUCACACUUUUGUAAGCCAUCAGUGACCAGCAAAGCAUCGUCGUUCGCCUAAAGUAUAUCGAACUCCGGAUCGACCUCCAUUGGGUAUCAUCUUCAGCUUUUGGAUUCCAUCUUCAUAAACAGAAACACAGUUCUUCAGGGCCGAUUUUAAGGCUGUACAUUGACUUGUUGUGGUGGACCUUGGAGGAAGUUGUGAGGAAGCGGUGUAUGAUUUCGUUAGCUUUUUCAAUUGCUAAAUCAGCUGAAUUAGGAGAAGAUCAACUUUGCCUUUGGCUGAGGCACUUCUGGGAUCUGAUUUCAGGACCCUCA